GGCGCGAACGUGACGCUGCGAAAAUCUACCUAACCUCCUAUGCCUGGGUUUUUAUAACAACUCCUACGAUCAUCGUUUCUCUUAAACAGUCUCGUUGGGCGGUUUUGGUCGGGACGGACGUCUUUCGUUCCGUUCCGAUCAAAGUAUUGCAUCAUUUUUUUGAAAAGGGUGACGAAACCCGCCGGGCGUUCUGCCCGUGCAUUGCUCGAACAUUAAACCGUUGUGCGUUUUGGAAGCACCUCAUUUAUUUUUGUCUUUUUAACUCUCGUUGACACACCUAUGGGCUUGACUUGAGUUCCGGGUGUGAACACAGGCUGUAUAGAUCCUCGUGGAAGCUGAUGCCCAAUUAAGAAGAUCGUUUCUCUUAAGAUAAAAAUUGUUCUAACCUAGAAUUUAUUGGACAUACGCAUUGGAUAUACUCCUACUCUUGCUUAUUUAACUUGCCAACGUAUCGCAACAUGGAUGUAAGCACGCUGCAGAAUUGGCUGAACAGACUGCCCGACGACUGGAGUUCGCCGCAGAGCCCCGACGAGCUUGUCAUACAAAAGAGAGGUCGGCGCAAGUCUAUAGUUUGGUCGCCCGACCUCGACACCUACAAGCGACGCAGCUUGCUCAGUUUGAGUUCCAGAGACCGCACGCCAGUCAAAAGUCCAUCGACGUCGAAUGCGGUAUUGAGGGACGCCGCUAAAAAGAGGCUCUCCCUCAUCGAUACUCGCCAAUCCAAUUUCACCACACCGGAAAGCAAGAAGACAUCGUUACCCUCGCGGAUGUCGUUAAACGUCGCGACCGCGCCGAGGGAGCGGUCCAACGAUAGCCUGGCGAAUGGUUUGCGUGGUCUCAGUCACGAGCAACUCGUACAGCUGAUUGUGGAUCUGGUGUACGCGCAGGACGACGGUGCGUUGCGCGAGAACGAGAAGCUCCGCAGUGUCCUCUCCAGGAAGAUGCCGGCCGCGGAUAUUCAGCCGCUGUUAGAGAAAUUGAUUGUCCUGCGACAAAACAUUUACGCCAGUCUCGUAUUCGUUUCCAAUUUGACCGACGACUCCACGUACAGUCGAGCUUACAUACAUUUGGAUGCGUUCCAGAAAACUCUGAUCGACCAAGGAAGAGUACUGCAAGAAUCUCAGCACUGGAUUUCACUAAUGCGCUACGCGCUAGAAGCAUGGAAAAUCACCAGGGAAUUACCGGAAUGGGAGAAUCAGGGUUCUCACAAUGUUACACGGAAAUGCUUUAAGUGUCUAUCGCAGUUUUGUACUGAAGCUAUGAGAAGAGGGAAUUUUGAUACAUCAGCUUUAAAAAUUUUCAUUGAAAGUCUCAAAGCUAUAGCCGCAGAAUGCGAAGACUUUCAAAUCUGUCUACAGAUAGCGAAGGAAGAAAAGCAUGAGAUUUAGGCCUUCUUUCUACAAGGUAUCACAUGCAUGAUAAUUUUAUUUAAAUAUUUUCUACGUAGGCGCGUGAUAGCUGAACUACAAUAUUGACAUGUAUUCGUAUACAGGACGAUAUAUAAGGUAAUUAACCAGUGAAUCAAUAAUAACCAGUGGAGUUGCAGUGAUUUUAAAAAUGAGAAAUGGGAAGGAAUUUUCUUUUUGUUUUUAUAUAACAUUGAAUAUCUUGUUUUAAUUAUCCUGUAUAUGCAUAUAUCGACGUAAACAUAUAUAUGUUUUAUAUUUAUUAUAUAUAUUCGUUCAUUCAACGACUGCGCUUACGUAUACAGACACGUGGAUGAUAUACAUAUGAAGUAUAUGAUAUAUAUUAUUCACUUCUCGACGUUAGCUAAUACAAAACAAAUUAUACAUGUCUCGGUACUCUCUUUAAACCAGUUUUAUUUUAAGCUACAAAUAAUUUAUAUUAAUUUAUAGAAAAAUUUUUUUUUUCAACUUGUCGAUAAUUAUUACAAUUUGAAAGUACAGAAAAUACGUACAAAUUAUAUUUUUUAAUGGAAACAUAUUUAUUGAGAAUAUAUAGUAAAGAAAGAGAAGCGAGAGAUUGCUGCUAAAGAAUUAGUAGAUGCUCCAUAGAAAACAGAUCAAUAUUGUUGUCAAUAUUUCCAUUCAAGGGAAUAGUUUUGUUAAUUGUUAUAUUUGUUAAAGUGUAAAUAAACUUAUUUGGAAUUAUAUUUUGUCCGGAUAAACUUGCAUAAAAAUGGCAUCACACAUAACUUUGUUGUAAAAUUGUGCUUAUGCGGAUUUUUGCAUAUAUUUUUAACUUUCUUUUAUAUAAACUAAAUUUCUUUCAUAUAAAGUAAGUUCUCUGAAACAAAACUGUUGUAAUCUAGUGUACAUAGAAUCAAAGGCAUGUUUUUAUGUUAAGCAGCCGAGCACUUUUACAUAUUUGUAUUGUACAGCAAUCUUUCUCUAUUUAACAUAACUUAAUAUAUUUAAGGUAUCCGAAAUCAUUGUAUCGCCGAAUAAUAUUUUUAUAUAUUGUGAGAAUAUUUUUUUACACGACCAAUGUAAUUGUCGUUACUGUGUAUUUAUAGUAUAUUAACGUAUUUAUUGUAAUUCGCUUGGACAGGAAAUGGACUAAUGCGAAAAUUUUUUUAUUAAAAACAAUUUAUUCGUCAUAA